GUUCCUUAUUAACAGAGCCAAAAAAGAGAGAGGGGCUAAAGAGAGCAAAGCGCACUCUCUGUCACCGUUCACUUCUUCGGGGUGACACGCCGGUGACCGAAUUUUCCAUAACACCUUUAGAGAAUUGUUUCUGUGCCUAAAGAAUUGAUUUCUAGCCAUUUAGGGCCUUCAAUACUGCGAGGUUAUGUGAAGUCGUAGUGUCCCACUAUUGUGAACCAAUAAGAAGGGUGCUUUCAGAAGGUAUUCACUUGGUUGUCAAAAUGGGAAACUGCUGUGAAUUGAUUGAAUAACCGACACCCUAUUUUUGUGCUGAUUGAAGCAUAGCAAUGGAGGGACGCCCAGCUUUUAGCAUUCAGAGAGCAGGUGCAAAGCAGCUUGGUAACCUUGGGGUGUCUGGAACACUGUCUUCAUCUUUACCAGUGGUUCCAACACCUCUAGAAGAGACAUACUCCAAGUUACCAGGCUGUCAACAGGUUUCCAUGGAAAGGGAGCUUAUGACCAGGCCUCUUGUGCAUGCAAGUCAUUUGCCCUCUAACAAUGGAGUAGUUGGACACUUAUUUUCUUCUUCUGCGAGCUUCUCAACAGACCUUCAGUACUCUUCUGUCACACCCCGGGAGAAACAUUCAAGAAAUACUCCAUUUAUUUCCCAGUCAUCAGCAAAUGCAGGAGCUUUGCUGAUGUCACAAUCUUCUCCAUCAGCAUUACUUCAAUCAACAACAACUAGUCAUUAUGUAAAUGAAAACAGUGCUUCAUGGUGUCCAGAAUCACCGCCGGGUUUUCUUGACUUUCCCACUAACACUACUGUUCAAAAUAAUCAGAUAGAAAGCAAUAGUUGUGCUGGUGUCAUGGCAUCAGAAGAAUUUGGUAAACGAAAUGAUUGGCAGGAAUGGGCAGACCAGCUAAUUACUGAUGAUGAUGCUUUGACAACUAAUUGGAAUGAGCUUCUGGCUGACACCAGCAUUGUGGACAUGGAACCAAAGAUGGCAUACCAGGUCUCCAAACCAUCUUCAAACACUCCAGUUCAACACUCCCAAGGUCACCUGCAGCUUCCAUCCCUAUCUGCAGAAAUUCGCCCAGUUCUCACCCCCACUUCCUCAGCAAACAGUGCACCAACGAAGCCACGCAUGCGUUGGACACCAGAACUUCAUGAAGCUUUUGUGGAGGCUGUCAACAACCUUGGUGGUAGUGAAAGAGCUACUCCAAAAGGCGUGCUGAAGCUGAUGAAAGUUGACAGCUUGACUAUUUAUCAUGUAAAAAGCCACUUGCAGAAAUACCGAACAGCCAGAUACAGACCAGAGUCAUCAGAGGGAUCCUCUGAGAAAAGAUUGACAUCUAUUGAUGAAAUAUCAUCUCUUGACUUGAAAACAGGCAUUGAAAUCACUGAAGCUCUACGAUUACAGAUGGAAGUUCAGAAACGACUGCAUGAACAGCUUGAGAUCCAACGAAAUUUACAGUUACGAAUAGAAGAACAGGGGAGGCACCUUCAAAUGAUGUUUGAGAAACAAUGCAAAUCAGGUAUUGACGUUGACAAGUUGAAGGCAGCUUCAUCUGCUUUGGAAAAUCCCUCUACUCUGUCCUCAGAUGCAAUCCAGGACUCCCCUGCCAAAAAUGAUUUGGAAACCGCCCAGGUAGACUGUGGCAAGACACCAACUGACACAAUUUAUGCCAACCCUGCACUAGAAGGAGGAUCACAGGAUCUGAAUAGAAAGCACAAGGUAUCGCCAACUGAAACUCCUGAAAAUUCUGAGCCAUACAAUACUGAUUCAAGUUUGCAGCCUGCAAAACGUCCAAGAACAGAUGCCUAGGCCAACAGCAUUGAAAUAACAGGUUGAUAGUGAUUCAUGGAGGAGUUUAAUCCUGAGUAGGACAGACUUAUAAAUAGAUCUUGAGAACUUUGAGGUUCUCCUGCUUCUGUUUAUGUGCCUCAUGCACACUCUAAUUAGUCCAUAAACAAGGUAGAUGGGAGAUUUUUUAUCGAAAUCUUUGUCCUCCUGUCUUGUACUCCUUUUUGUGAUGAGGCUAGAGGGUGUAUAAUUAUUGUGUAAACCAUUUUAUUAAUGGCAGAGAAUGGACUCCUCUUUCUGUGUUGAA